GUUACUUGCUCGUCAAAUACAAGAGCACCGUUAUCCAUACACGUGAACCAGAUCUUUCAGUAGAAUGAUCGUUCGGGAGUUCUUCUGUUCGAUUUGUUCAUCGUCUCUCGACAUGCUUACCAGUCUUCCACAGUCCUUCAGCGCAUAGCAUGUUUGGGUUCUACAGAAGCCAAGGAUCGUAGUCUUCAUAUGCCGAUAAAGCUUUCUAGGAGUAAGGCCAUGCCAGGCAUGCAUGUCCACCAUGGCCGGUCUUCAGGCUCUCUGCCCUCCCCGGCGAAUGGCAGCUUCCUAAUACCCAUACCUAUAGCACUGCUCCCACAUACACAUACUACAGGUCUUAAACGUAUCAUGAAAUUCGACUUGGCUUUCAUCUUCACCUCCACUGAGUCUCCCCUGUUUCUCUCGAGCUCCCUUCCCUUUACGCAUGGGUCUUGCCUCGAAAGUAUAUGCAGAACAACUUGGAGCUCGUGGCUACGGUAUACCACUCUGGAGGCCUGAGCCUUCCUCAUACGGCGAGGUAUGUAUUGGAGAUGUAGGAUUCGUUGAAGAUGGCGCGUGGUUCCGUCUCUUCAACGUCACCAAGCCGCAGAGUGACCCACUCAACUCGAAUGGAGUACCUCCGAAUUUCGAACUGCUGCAAUCCAACUCUCGGUUGAUCAAUCGAUCAGACAAUUUUCUUGAUCCCGGUGUUUUAUGCAGCAGUUCCAUGAGCCAAAUGAGCUUGGGGGCAGAUGCUUCCGGUGAGAUGAUUCCUAUUGACCUCGCAUGUCGCUACACAUGUAGUCGAAACGAAGGCGCACUUUUGGUUCUGAAGGAUCACGCAACUUCCGAAGCCGUAUUUGCGAAUGCGCAGUUUGUUGAGUAUAUGCUCCGACAUCACCAAAGCUGGUGCGAUUUUGCCAGAAACCAAGGAUUCCUGCUUGACAAAGAGGAUAUUAUCCUUGUUCGCGGUUGGGUCAAGACUACAAGUUGGACAGUUGCCGCGUUUACAAAUCAAGGGGACUCUCUCGAGCUUACCUUCGGAAGUAAAGCAAACUUAUACGCACAUGUUAGCGUCUCAACGGCGGUUUCUACACACCACUCGCACUCCGUAGAAUACAGAGAUGGGCCCAACCGGAUGACAAAGACAAUGGAUGAGGAACCUUCUCCCCAGCGGAAGGACCAAUGUGUCUUCUUGCGAUACUACAAAAUCAAAUAUCGAACGCCAGCCUUUUUGGGCCGAAAGAUUACAGCACGCGUGAAACCGAAAGAUAAUCGGGACAUUGCCCAUGGUACCGUAUCAUCUGCCUCGGAGAGUCAGUAUAAGACUAGAGGACGUCGUCAAACAUACACUAGUAGUCCGAACCCAGUGGAUGACAUACUAGAUUAUCUUCUUGAUAAUUCCUCUGCACAAAUGGCUAUCUCGAGCGACGAAGAUUUAAACAGGCUCUCUACGACAUUGUCUCCCACGAGCCAUGGAUUGUCCACAACCCUACGGGAACUUGCACCGAAGGUCGUUCUCCUCGGUGAUGCCGCUUCCUUAGGGGAGCCUGUCGAUGACGCCAAUGACAAGCAAUUCGGCACUGACUAGAAGGUCGAACAUGUAUUCUCCGAUUUCCAGGCUCAUGGACGAACAUGUAAUCAUCCGGCACCAUUUAGUACAUGUGCCAUACGUCCUAGGUCUGCCAGACACGGAGUUGAUUGCGAAUGCUAUUCACGUAGAGGCCUGAUGAAGCGAUCGUUGACUUAUACAGACAUUCAUCCAGAUAUUAUUAUAUUCAUUGUAUAACCUACCUUAGUAUUUAUUGCUGUGAACAUUGCAGUCGGGAUGCAGCAAGCUCUCCAGUUGUGAACGUC